AUGAUCCCUCCUAUUCCCCACCUCGCUGACUACGGCAUCUCGCCCACCCGCGGCUUUCUUCCCGACCAACUUCCCCUCACCCGCUUACCAGACCCCUACUACAAUAAGUGGGAAGCCAUUGUCGCCAAUCUACAGGGCUUGAUCCUCAGCAAACGCCUUCGUGCUGUCAUUGAUCGUCUUCCAGUCCUGUCGACGGUCGGUCUUUACCACGAGUCAGAAUGGCGCCGCGCCUAUAUGCUCCUCUGCUUCAUGGCCCAUGCUUACAUCUGGGGAGGUGACAGCCCCAGUGACCGUCUCCCUCCUCCAAUUACUGUUCCAUUACUGGAAAUCAGCGAACACCUCGAGUUGCCCCCCGUCGCUACCUAUGCUGCCGUCUGCCUCUGGAACUUCAAGCCCCUCUUCAUGGACGAGGACAUCGAUAACUUGGAGAACCUAGCGACCCUCUGCACAUUCACCGGAUCCCUUGACGAGUCUUGGUUUUACUUGGUGUCAGUCGCCAUGGAGGCACGCGGCGCCCCUAUCAUCCCCCUCAUGCUGCAUGCCAUUGCAGCUGCGCGGGAGAAUGAUGUGCACACCGUCACCCAGUGCCUCACAUCCUUCGCCGAGCGCCUCGACGACCUCACGACCUUGCUUCACCGCAUGCACGAGAACUGCGACCCCCACAUUUUCUACCACCGCAUUCGCCCCUUCCUCGCAGGUAGCAAGAACAUGGCCGAAGCUGGCCUGCCCAACGGAGUUCUCUAUGACGAUGGCUCAGACUCACCCACUUGGAGGCAAUAUGCCGGUGGCAGCAACGCUCAAAGUUCCCUCAUCCAGUUCUUUGAUAUUGUGCUCGGCAUCGAGCACCGUCCGACUGGCGAAAAGGGCCCCAAGCCUGAUACUGAUGGCCCCGGCCCCGCAGCCCAGCACAACUUCAUCCAGGAAAUGCGCCGGUACAUGCCUGGUCCUCAUGCCCGUUUCCUGGCUGAUGUCCAAGCUGUGGCGAAUAUUCGGGAGUUUGUCGCUCGCCAUGCAGCUAGGCACCGUCCGCUGGCGAUUGCAUAUGAUGCCUGCUUGGCCAUGCUACGCGCCCUGAGGGAUAAGCAUCUUGCCAUUGUGACGCGGUACAUCGUCAUGCCUAGCAGGGAAGCCGCGAGGGCGAGGAGUCGGUCCCCUGAGGCUACCCGCGGCGCAGUUAAGAAGGUUAAUCUGGCUACGGCGGUCAAGAACGUGCGUCAUCAGCCUCAGGGUAUCGCGUUUGAUGCUAAGAGUGCUGCUGCGGAGAUGGAGAAGAACGGCAACAACGCCAGUGCGCUCAAGGGAACGGGCGGCACGGCGCUCAUGGCGUUCUUGAAGCAGGCUAGGGAUGAGACAGGUGAGCCGGCUGUGCAGGAGUGGAGCAGACGGUUUAUGAGGAGGGUCGUGAGGACUGAGGGGCAGGGGGACUUCUUUGCAGGUAAGGAGGACGAUAGGUUGGGCGUGCCAAGGAAUAGGAGACCGGAUGGUGUUGUGAUUGAGGAGGAGACGGGAGUGAGAGGACUGGCGGGAACUUGGACAAUUGAGGAGGAGUGGGUUACUGGGGGGAUUUGCAAUUAUUAG